AUGAAGAGGCUACUCGCGCUAGAAAGAAGAUUUAAACGGCAACCAGCCCUCAAAAAAGAAUAUGUUCGCUUCAUGGAAGAGUACAAGGAUAAGGGACACAUGAAUACGGCAUCUGGGGAUGUCGCUUCCAGCGAGAAGCCAUCGUACUUUAUACCACAUCAGCCUGUACUCCGGCCCGAGAGCACUAGCACAAAGCUCAGGGUAGUAUUCGAUGCAUCGGCCAAGACAGACAACGGAAAGUCACUCAACGACACGUUGCUGCCUGGACCUAAUUUGCAAAACAACUUGUUACAUCUUAUGUUACGAUUCCGGACGCACUUGUACACAGUAAAUGCCGAUAUUGCAAUGAUGUUUCGGCAAAUAAUGAUAGCAAAGGAAGAUCGCAAUCUUCAGUUGAUUCUCUGGAGAUGUCAAGAAUCUGAACCGGUAGAGGUAUUCAACUUAAAUACUGUCACAUAUGGAACCGCCUGUGUGCUCUAUUUGGCACAGCAUUGUUUGCAGAAACUAGCAGAAGAAGAGGGAGAAUCAUUCCCCCUUGCAAGGAAAGCACUUCAAUCGGAUUUUUACAUGGACGAUGUAAUCACUGGAUCCGACGAUCUUGAAGAAACUAUUAUGCUGCAGAAACAACUUAUGACAUUACUAGGAAAAGGUCAAUUUCCUUUGAGAAAAUGGAGAGCAAACAAUGAAAAGAUAUUGCAACAUUUGACAGUGGAUAGCAAGGCCGAUGAACUAUUGGUAUUAAACAAAGAAGAGCCUCUGAAGGCACUUGGAUUGCUAUGGGAUCAUAGAACAGAUCUCUUACACUACAGUAUAAGGGAUAUGGACCUUCACCGAGCCACUAAACGCACAGUAUUAUCGGAGAUAUCAAAGAUUUACGAUCCAUUGGGACUUCUAUCGCCUGUACUUAUAGUCUCCAAAAUCCUCAUGCAAAGGCUUUGGUCCUUAGAUGUUGGCUGGGACGAAAGCCUGCCGCAAGAUCUAUACACGCAAUGGAAGAGUUAUCGUUCAUCUCUAAACCAAUUACAGGAGAUAAGGGUUUCUCGUUGUGUAAAGGAAGGCAACGCAAAGGCGAAAUUUGAUUUACAUCGAUUCGGAGACGCCUCCAAGAAGGCCUACGGCGCAUGUAUCUAUGCAGCCAGCAAGGACGUGGAUGGUAAUUUACAUUCAAGACUUUUAUGCGCCAAGUCAAGGGUAGCACCCUUAAAGACAAUAACUAUUGCAAGGUUGGAGCUGUGUGCGACGCUACUAGUGGCUCAGCUGUGUCACGAAGUACGUGAGGCACUAGGCGAAGCAACCAACAAUAUUCACAUGUGGACAGACUCCAUGAUUGUGCUGGGAUGGAUAGAAGCCUGCCCCAGCACUUUGAAGACCUUUGUGGCCAAUAGGAUAUUGAAAAUACAACAGCUCUCGGCGAGAGAAUUGUGGCAUCAUGUGGCGUCUGGCGAUAAUCCUGCAGAUAUCCUGUCGAGAGGAACCACUACUCAGCAACUAAGGGAUAAUAGCCUAUGGUGGUAUGGACCCAGAUGGCUUCGUUCAGAAGAAGAAUGGCCAGAGCGGCGUGAGAACAUCCCAGAACUACCGGACAGAAGAGAAAAGAAGAUCUCUGUUUUAAUCGCAACUUCGUCACAUUCAAUACUACCAGUAUUUGCCGAAGGUUGUCGUCGCAAUAAACAAAGAGGCGGUCUCACCGUCAGUGAGCUGAAUAAGGCUAUCGCGAGGAUAGUCCAACAUGAGUCCUUUAUCCAGGAGGUUCACAGUCUCAAAAGGAGGAGUGCUAUCAAGGGGAAUAGCAAGUUGAUCGCACUAGACCCAUUCAUAGACAAACAGGACUUAAUCGAGUAG